AUGGCGUCGGCCGGCAGGAAUACGUUGACGUCAUCGGGGUCGGGCAAGAUCGAGCAGGCGAAUCUGGUGGCGGUGCGAUUCGAGUUCAAAAUUCAUCUCGUCGAGCUGCGCGGGUGGCUGCGCGCCUCCCCUCCUCUCAUCAUCCGCUGGCAGCGCGGCGACAGCCGGGCGGGCCUCUCCGCGCCCGUGUGGCCCCCCGCUGACGCCCCCCUUGUGCCGCUCCACCACACCUUCCGGGUACGCUGCGGUAGGAGGGGCAGCGGGAGGGACACUGGGGGGCGCGGGACAAGUGUGGGUGCUGUGUGGGGGCGAGUGGCACUCGGCAGUCACACAUGCGCCCCCCACUCAGCAACAAACCCCUCUCCACCCUCGCCCACGCUGCAUGCACCUUCCAUCUCCCCCACCUUCCAUCUCCCCCACCUUCCAUCUCCCCCACCUUCCAUCUCCCCCACCUUCCAAUUCAAAUUCAAAUUCUCAGUGCAUUCGCAUUCUCCCUCUCUCCCUCCCCCACUCCCCUCCCCAUUCUUCUCCCCCUCUCUAAACCGUCCCCUUCUCAUCCCUCUCCUCACUCUUCCUUCCCCACCUUCCUCCCCCCCAUUCCCGCACACCAUUCCCCACCUUUCGCCCCCUUUCCCCCCCAUUCUUCCCGUUCCCCACUCUUUCCCCCUCUUUCCCCCUUUUCCCCCCUCUUUCCCCUUUUUCCCCUCUUUUCCCCCUCUUUUCCCCCUCUUUCCCCCUCUUUCCCCCAUUAUCCCAGUGACGCUGUACAGGGAGAGGGGAGCCCCCACGGCGCCCUACCUGCGCAAGGCAGCCACCUUCACACUCCACCACGCGCUACCCGCCGCCGCCGCCCACCCAAGCCACCCACCCGAUGCACCAUCCGAGCCUGCCUUCCAGGCUGGGCCCGAGCCUCUGGGGCGGGCGCAGCUGGACCUGGCUGAGCUGGCGGACUGUGACGGGGUGGUGGAGCGCCGCCUCAAAGUGGCGCCCGGGCCCGCCAUGCUGGCUGACGUGGCGGCUGCUGAGAGGCCGGCGGGGGCGGUGCUGGUGGUGAGCGUGGAGUGCGUUGGGAAGAAGCUCAGCCGCGAGGCCGCCGCUGAGGAGGCCCACAUCGAGAGGGUGGGCGUGGGAUGGGGGGUGGAUGAUAGCAUUGGAGAAGCAGUUGGGUUGGGUGAGGGGGAGUGGAUGCGAUGGGUGGAGGGUUGGGAGAAUAUAGAGUGGUGA